UGCACCAAUGAAGUAUCAAAGGUUAUACCAUCCCUACCAUACAGCUUUGAAAUGAUACCCAAAAUUGAGUUAGUUUCAAUUGUUCAUAAAUAAAGAAUGAUAAGCACCACAAGGUCACCAUCCAAACACGAGAUUCAUUAGCUAUCAAAGAUUCUAAAAUUUAAAGGGGUAGUGAACAUAAUGUACACCAUUUAUUCACUUACGGAUUGGAGCUCUAUGGGUCAGAUGAACGCAAUCUCUUUACAUUUGGUCUAGUUCUCUUAGAGCAGACAGACGAGUAAGGUUUUGGCAACCACAGAUGUCUACAGUUCAAUUGUUUCAAACCAGGUGGUCAAUCCGCUGGCAAAAUUUCCAAAGACAUGCCAGCCAGAGAGAAAUUGGUACCAAUAAGGCCUUCCAUGUCCUGCAGACCGGUGACAGAUCAGUUUGUCAACUUUCGCAGCCUUGACAAAGAAGGUAGUAUCGGCAUUGAGGACAAGCCACGCAAACACAGCUCAACUAACUCGUCCAUUGGCUUGAGCCUCUCCAUUUCUAAUUCAGCUGCAGGAACACUGACUUCUGAAGCAUCUUGCAAAAUGUAUGCAGUAGUUACAUGGUUCCCCUGAUGUCCAGAUACCACAGAGUCCUGCUGGCAGCUGCCACCCGCUAUGACCAUCCAUCACCAUCAUCAAGGUAAUGGAAUGACAGUGAAGUGAGAAGAUUGUUAAAGCUUGUAACUAGUCAAAAGCCAGCAGAGUUUCAAACCCGUUAAACUUGUAGCAUAACUGACGCUGAGCUUUUGCAACAGCCCUCCAAGGCCUUGGAUUUCUGGGAGAUGAGGGCAGACAUCGACAUUGAACUCAAGUAACUAUCCCAAAAACGCCAGGGCAGGCAGUCUUUCUAGCGGAUGACAGCCUACAAGGAACAAGCUUAUCAAAGAACGGAGUCUGUCUAACUGUGUACAGAACCUAGACAAUAUAUGCUAAGAUUUUCUGGAGAUCUCAGCCCUCCAAGACCUGUAAUGCAGCCAAGCUAUCCAGAUUAUCUAGCUCGGGGAGGUUAACAACAGGUAAUGAAGUGAGUAUCACCUUCAACAGACUCACCACUCUUCUUAGGGUUCCUAACAUUCCCAAUGUCAAUCCAGCUCUUCAUGCGACAAACCACUGCCGAAACGAUAAAGACAUUAACAUCUCCAGCCUCCUCAUACUCGCAGGGAUAGCGUUCUAGAAGCUGCAGAAUCCGAUUGUGGGGAGCCAUCGCCGAUACUGUUCGACUAGCCGGAAACAACAGAGUGGGCAGGAGAAUUAGUGGAAGAAAGCACCACCAAUGUCCAAUGCAGCGGCCGUUAAAGCUUACAGGCCCAAGGACUAGAAUGAAAAAAAAGGAAUACGGAGGGCCAAUAAGCAAAUAUCAGAAAGAUCGAGGGUGGAAAAACAAAUUAGUAAGUAGUAAAGAGGAUAGAUCAUAGAUAGAACAGAACAGUAGUUCUUCGUCAUCCUAAGCCACCCGCGGCGAUAGCGCGAUAUGGCCGCCAAUUUCCUUCACUUCCUGCCCCCGAAAUCUCCGAUUUCAAUCGCCCACCACCGCGCCGCACCAAUUCUAACAACUAAGCAGUUCACACAGAUCAGUUUCCCUCGCCGCCACCGGCAGAACGCCAUUAAUGGGGACGAAACUCCGCAGCAGCUUCCACCUACAGUAACGCCCCCGCCGGAGACCGUGGAGGUGAGGUUCAGGCGGCGGUCUAAAAGGCGCGGGAGACAGCGAGGGGAAGAUGGAGGAGGAGCCAAAGGAGCGGCGGCAAGACCGGCGGCGCCGGCGCCGAAGAAGAAAUGGGAGGAAAUGAGCAUGGGAGAGAAGGCGCUGGAGCUUUACGUAGGGGAGAAAGGAGCGCUGUUCUGGCUGAACAAGUUCGCAUAUGCCUCCAUUUUCAUCGUCAUCGGUGGCUGGAUCGUUUUCCGGUUCGUCGGCCCGGCGCUGAAUCUCUACCAGCUGGACGCUCCCCCGCUCCCUCCUUCUGCCGUGUUCAAGGGAUGAAUGGAGGAGUCAAUUAGUGUGAAACCGUCGUCCAUCUGGCAGUAGUUAUCAUGGAUGUUUCAGCAUGAGCUCAGUAUGUAAUUGGCUCACUUCAUUGGUGAUAUUUGAUUAGAUGAACUACGGAAAUUGAUCUCUGCUGGUGAAAUUGCUGCGCAUUUGUUUCUGGUUGCUUUCCUGUUCUGGUUUCAGUUAGCUUCAUUUUCAAGCGUCAAGGAUUAGCAUUCAAGUUACCUGCAUAUCAUUUCCAUAAUCAUAUUCAACCGUCCAAAAUUCAAGCUACAUUACAUCAACUCUGUUCAAAAGCGCUCUGUUCUUCCCUUAUAACUGAGUUGAGUACUCUUUUUAGUCGGUUUGCAAGUACUUUUGAAAGAACCUUGUAGAGUACAUUGCAAAGGCUUAUGGGUCUGAAUUCCAAGGGGUUUAUAGGUUUUUUUCUUCUUCGGUAUCAGCACUAUAAGUGUGUUGUUAAGCUGCUGGGGAAACUCCCCCAACUCCAGAUAUGAUUGAAGCUCCCUUAGGACAAUAUCCCAACAGCUUUCCAGUGCCUUUGAAAAAACCUCGCUGACAUCCCAUCUGGUCCAGGUACUUUAUUGGGACCCAUUUUCUUUAAAGCCAUCCUUAUUUCAUCCUCAGUAAAGGGUUCCAGGAGGA